UCACUCCCUUCUGCGUCAGAUCCAUCAUGGCGGCGCCCCGCACCGUGGACGGAGUGGAGGCUGAAAACACUGAAAUCAGCUUGACACUUUCAAAUUCUUCCUCUGAGGACUCCAAAAGGCCUCAGUUCGGGACACGCUUCCUUACAGACCCGCGGCAGGUCUUCCAGCACAACGCAUGGGACAAUGUUGAGUGGACUGAUGAACAGGAAGAAGCUGCAAAGAAGAAAGUUUCAGAAAACAAUCAGCCUUUGCCUCUAGAAAAACAAGAGGAGUACAACAGCCGGGCCAGUGAAUACUGGAAUGAGUUUUACACGAUACACGAGAAUCGCUUCUUUAAAGACCGUCACUGGCUCUUCACAGAGUUUCCAGAGCUUGCCCCACAGCGUAACCCGAACCACGAAUCUCAACCAAACAACUCGGGCGUGGACAGCAGCCAUCAGGACGGAUUUGAACAAAAACAAUGCAGGGAUUUUGCAGCUUUGUCUGGUGACAACUGUGACUUUCCAGGAUCCUCUGCCACAUAUCGCAUCCUGGAGGUUGGUUGUGGUGUGGGUAACACAGUUUUCCCAAUACUCAAGACCAACAAUGACCCUGGACUUUUUGUUUACUGCUGUGAUUUCUCCAGCACUGCUGUGGAAUUAGUGAAGACUAAUCCAGAGUACGAUUUGAACCGCUGCUUUGCCUUUGUUCACGACUUGAGCAAUGUCGAGGCCAGUUUCCCGAUCCCUGAUGGAUCCCUUGAUGUUAUUGUGCUGAUCUUUGUGCUGUCGGCUCUGCAUCCCGACCAGAUGCGGGCCUCCAUCAGUAGAUUAGCAAGUCUGCUGAAACCAGGUGGUGUGAUGCUGCUGAGGGAUUACGGACGCUACGAUAUGGCACAACUGCGUUUCAAGAAAGGGAGAUGUCUGUCAGAAAACUUUUACGUCAGAGGGGACGGAACACGAGUUUAUUUCUUUACUCAGGAUGAGCUUCAUGAGUUGUUUGCAGAGGCUGGGCUUGAAAAAGUGCAGAACCUUGUGGACAGGCGGCUGCAGGUGAACAGAGGGAAACAGCUCACCAUGUACAGGGUUUGGAUCCAAUGCAAGUACCGCAAGCCUUGUUGAGAAAUAAGGCGAGACGAGAGGAAAAAUCCUCCAAAGAUUACAGCUUUUUCCAGAAGACAUUUUCAACAAUGGGAUAGUGUUGUUGUUGUUUUUUUUCCUUGAACUGGCUGCCAUAACCCUGAUAGACAUUUUUUAUUUACAUGUUCAUCUGGAAAAAUACUCUUGGUCGCCAAAUUGAUGACUUUUCUCCUGAUGAGUUGUCUAAUCUGAAAAAGAACUGGUAAACGCUGUAAAAAGACACUGGUUUUAAUCUGCAAAUUUUUCAUAAUACAUUGCAUGACUUUUUUGUAUUUGACAUUUUUGUACAUGCUAAAUUAAAACUGUUUUACCCAAUACUGAAAAAA